GACUAAUCUUUUUCUCGUGCCCCGUUCGAUUACAACCUUAACCAACUUGAUCAAAAAACUUUUUCUUCCUGGGAAAAGGAGGAACUAUGUGGCUUUGGUUCUGUGUCGUUGUUGCAUCAGAAUAGAAAGCAGCUGUCCUUUUUGUUCUCCUGCCCUGUUCGAUUACAACCUUAACCCUUGCGGUCGCAGAGAAAAUUUGAAGCUUUUGCUCCCAGAUGGUUCUCUUCUUGGGCACUGUCCGCUCCACUCCAAGGAUGACCCUCUUGGCGCCAAUUUCCCGCCGCUCUGCCCCUGCAACCUCAAUCAUGAGGCUCGGGUUCCCUGCUUCGUCUCCGAGAAGGCCUGUGCUUCGUGCUUCCCUUAGUUCCGGUUCCGUCACCGGCGAUGAUGCGAGUAGAGGAACUUCACAGAAUGAGCAAUCCGAAAUUAUAUUCAUGGGGACAGGAACCAGUGAAGGUAUUCCGCGUGUGAGCUGCUUGACUAACCCAUUGAAGAAAUGCCCAGUGUGUUUCAAAGCUGUUGAACCAGGGAGCAAGAAUAGGAGACUUAACACUGGCAUUCUCAUUCGUUAUACUGGAUUGAAUGGCAAAUCUAACAUUCUAAUAGAUGCUGGCAAGUUUUUCUACCACAGUGCCCUCCGUUGGUUCCCUGCAUACGGGAUAAGAACAAUUGAUGCGGUUAUUAUUACUCAUUCUCACGCUGAUGCUAUUGGAGGUCUUGAUGAUCUUCGGGAUUGGACUAACAAUGUCCAACCCUCCAUUCCCAUCUACGUAGCAGAACGUGAUUUUGAGGUGAUGAAGAAAACUCAUUAUUAUAUAGUCGACACAAGUGUUAUAACACCUGGUGCUGCUGUUUCGGACCUUCAGUUUAACAUCAUAGAGGAGAAGCCAUUUGUCGUACACGAUAUGACGUUCACUCCUCUACCAGUAUGGCAUGGUCGAAGCUAUCGCUCCCUUGGAUUUCGCUUUGGUAAUGUCUGUUACAUUAGUGACGUUAGUGAAAUACCCGAUGAAACUUAUCCCCUUCUAGAGGACUGCGAUAUUUUGAUCAUGGACGCUCUAAGGCCAGACAGGUCCUCUUCAACACAUUUUGGGCUCCCCAGGGCCUUAGAUGAAGUGCGAAAAAUCCGACCAAAGCGGACGCUCUUCACAGGUAUGAUGCAUUUGAUGGAUCACGACAUCGUAAACGAAGAUCUUAAGAAACUGAUGGAAACAGAGGGGCUCAACAUACAACUCAGCUACGAUGGGCUUCGUCUCCCUAUACCGUGAAAAGGAAAAUUUCCUCCAUGAGAAAUAAUCGAUACAAAUGCUAUGAUGUGUUUUAUAAUUGCACAUGAUUUUACCGUUCGCAUAGUAUUCGAGUAGCUGGCUUGUAAACCAUAGUCGGUACUAUACCCGGAAAAUGAACAUACCUAAGAAGAGUGACUUGAUAUGUAUUACGACUUUGGCUUGAGCAUAUUUGUCAGGAGAGGUCGGUUUUGGUUUCAUAGAGACCAACUUUAAUUUCAAUUUCGAUUUGAUUCAAUGCUUCUUUACAAAGUACCACUUCUCGGGACAAUUCACGAACUUUUUUAUUCA